AUGGUUAAGGGUUCCUCAGCGGACCCCACCAAAGUGUGUAUGGCCCAGCUGGAGGCUGCAGAGCAGUACCUAGCUGGGAUCUACAAGCUAGCUUGUAGUUUGCAGGGAAAAUCGGACCCAGCUAGCGUUGCAAUGUUCAGAGUCCGUUUUGAGGACUUAAAAGAGAUGCGUGACCUAUAUCGGGACGCCUACACGAGCCUGAGGGGUCUGUCGGAUGAGGAGUCCGCGCUGGAACAGGCUGACCAUAAUUAUAUAAAAUUCUGCGAGAUGGUCUAUUCCGUGAAAGUGAUAGCAGAGGGAUUUUUAUCGACUAGCAGCGGUACUCGGGUGGAGCCGAGAUCAACUCAAUUUCAACUACCCAAAAUAAAUCUACCGAGUUUCUCAGGUGUCUACACCGAGUGGCCCAACUUCGUAGGGUUGUUCGAUAGCCUCAUCCACAACAAUGAGGGUCUGUCCAAUGUACAGAAAAUGCAUUACUUGGUCGGCGCAUUGGAUAGGGAACCUCUCGCCUUAGUUAAGCACCUGCAGCUAUCGGAUAGUAAUUAUGCUAUUGCCUAUCAGCUUCUCAAGGAGCGCUAUGAAAAUAAGAGACUUAUAGCUGAUAAGCAUCUAGAAGCCAUACUGUCUACAUCAUUGGGACAGGGUUCAGCAGUCAACCUCCGUAAAUUUGUUAACGUCAUAAAGGAGAACAGUAUGGCUCUGGGUGCUUUAGGCUUUGAUGUGAAGUCCUGGAGCUUCUUAUUACUCCACAUCAUCCUUAGGAAACUUACCCAAGACCUUAGGAGUAGGUUUGAGCUUAGCCUCGAUGGUUCUUCUAGCACCAUACCCACAUUCUCCUGCUUGCUUGCCUUCUUGGAGAACCAGCUUAGGGUGUUGGAGGCUGUUGGUGGCUCCAGGGGUUCAGGCAACCAGGGGACUCCGGGGACUUCACAAACUAGGACAAGUCUUGCUGCAAUGGACAUUUCAUGUGUGCUCUGCAGGGGUAGCCAUAGCAUUUAUAACUGCGACACAUUCAACGCCAUGACACCUAGCCAACGUAAGGAGGUAGUCACACAGCAGCGCCUAUGUUACAAUUGUCUGCGCUCUCACUCUGCAAAUAGAUGCACAUCAAAAAGUAGGUGCUCAGUGUGCAAUGGUCGCCACCAUACCAAAUUGCAUCUUGCACCAUCAUCUUCAUCUUCAACGUCUCCAUCACAGUCAUCAUCAUCAUCGCCUCCGAUAGCUUCCACAUCAUCAUCAUCUAUGGUAGUGCCCUCUGAAAGUCUACCCGCAGUGUCUGGGCACUCGGCUGCAUCCCUCAACUCGACGGUCUCUGACGGUAGGGUGCAGAGCACCAUGCUGCUGGGAACAGCGAUGGUCGGAGUACUUGACUGUAAUGGUCACGUACAUAUAGUGAGAGCCUUGUUGGACAGUGGGUCUCAGGUAUCGAUUGUUACGGAGAAUUUGGCCCAGAAGCUGCGGCUUCCCCGUAGUUCAUCUGGCAGUUUGUAUGGUUUGGGAGGUUCAUCUGCUCAGCGGACCAAUGGCAGCAUUGAGAUCCGAGUGACAUCCCGUCAUGAUCGGUCAGCUCCUGGGUUGGUAACCUCAGCUGUAGUUUUAAAGCGCAUCACGGGUAAUCUCCCUACUGCUUCUGUGUCUCCACGUGUCAUGGAGCGGUGCCAACAUCUUACACUUGCAGAUGACAGGCUGUCCACCCCGGGUCCCAUCGAUGUCCUCAUAGGCGUGGACCUGUAUAGUCAGGUGUUCAAGGGUGGUUCUUACCAGUUGGGUGAAGGGUUUCCCACAGCGCAUGAAUCUGUGUUUGGGUGGAUUUUGAUGGGGCAAGCGCCCGUCAACUCUCAAGUGUGUAGUCUCAUGUCUCUGUCUUGCACGACCGACGAGCUGAACUCUACCUUGUCCAAGUUCUGGGAGGUAGAGGAGGUUCCAGCCACCGCCGUGCAAGAUCCAGAGAACAUUCUUUGUACAUACGCCUUGAAAAGGUUCUUCAACUUAGAGCGCAAGCUACAGAGAGACGCCAGGCUUCACCAGCUCUACAGCGCAUUCAUGGCCGACUACCUUGAAACUGGCCGUAUGCGGCCUGUGUCCACGCCUAGCUGUAACGAAAGGUACUACAUACCUCAUCACGGGGUACUAAAGGAGAGCAGCAGCACCACCAAACUUAGGGCGGUCUUCGAUGCGUCUCAUCCCAGCUCCACCGGUGUCUCGCUGAAUCAAGUUUUGAUGCCUGGUCUCAAGCUGCAACAGCACAUUUCGGACGUCAUAUUGCGCUUUCGCACAUACGCAGUCGUGUUCACUUGCGACAUAAAGCAGAUGUACCGGAAUGUGCGCAUGCACGACGACGAUUGUCGGUACCAGACCAUCUUUUGGCGCGAGUCACCGGACCAGCCCCUUCGGGAGUUUGAGCUGACAACCGUCACCUAUGGCGUAUCCAGCUCGGCUUAUCAAGCGAUCCGCGUCUUGCACGAGUUAGCCAACAUCAACGAGGUCAAGUGUCCAGAGGUUGCCCGUAUCCUUCGGGAAGACACCUUCGUUGAUGAUGUGGUCAGUGGUUGCGGAUCCAUUGAGGAAGCGAAGCUGUUGCAACAGCAGGUGGUCGAUGUGUUGUCACAAGGGGGUUUCACUGUUCGGAAGUGGGCCAGCAACCGUGAUGAGGUCCUCAAUGGCUAUCCUAGCGAUCAUUUGGAGUGUCCCUUUCGAUUCGAGGAAUCAGGGGACAACAUCUUCAAGAUCUUGGGGAUCGAAUGGAAUUCGGACUCGGACAGCUUCGUCUACCAUGUUUCACCCUUCGGGAGAUGCAGAAGUAAGCGGGAGAUUAUGUCGAAUGUUGCUCGUAUCUACGAUCCCUGUGGUUACUUAACUCCUGUGACCUUCAAGGCCAAGGCCUUCUUACAAGGUCUUUGGUCACACAAUUUAGGUUGGGAUGAACCUCUGCCCGAAGAACUCACUACUGAGUGGGCUUCCUUCGCAGAGGGCUUCGUCAAUUUACGGCUGCCCCGGAUUACAAGAUUUGUAUCGUCUGAUCAACCUCAAACCCGUGAGUUGAUGGGUUUCAGCGAUGCCUCGGAAUCUGGGUACUCAGCCGUACUCUAUUUACGCGUGCUAGACGCGUCAGGUGAGGCGACGGUGCAUCUUCUCAUGGGCAAGUCCCGUGUGGCACCCAUCAAGCAGAAGAUGACCAUACCGCGCCUCGAGUUAUCAGGAGCCUUCCUAUUGGCUCGCAUGAUGCAUCAUGUUUUAACGGUGUUGCAGAGUAAGAUGAUCGUCGACCACUCAAUUGCGUGGUGUGACUCCAGCAUCGCUUUGGCCUGGAUUCACACUCCACCGCAUAAGUUAGGGGUCUUUGAAGGAAAUCGGGUCUCCCAGAUUCAGGGUCUCGUUCCUUCAACUGAGUGGCGACACGUUCCAUCAGCGCUCAACCCUGCUGAUUGCGCCAGUAGAGGUCUUCGACCCGACGAAAUUGUCGGGCAUGAUUUAUGGUGGUCCCCGUCUUGGUUACGGGACGACCCUUCCACUUGGCCGGAGAACAUUGCGGUGAACUCGUCCAGUGCCCAAGUGCAUACUGGAACCAUUGCGAGCGAGGAAGAGGUAGUAGCUGUAGACCCUUCUUUCAUUGUCGGUCGCUACAGCUCUCUAUCAAGAACCAAGCGAACAAUGGCUUGGGUUUUGCGAUUCAUCCGCAAUGUUCGAAGUCGCAAUCAUCCGACCAAACAUGACCCGUUGGUCGUACCGGAACCAUUGACGGUUUCGGAGCUUGAUGGUGCCUUGCUGAGAAUGAUUAGGUUGGUGCAGAUGACUUCCUUCUCUGAGGAGAUCACAGCCCUGCGCGAAAAGAAACCCCUCAAGAGACUGACUCAGCUCAGUCCAUUUUUGGAUUCAGAGGGUCUUCUUCGUGUAGGUGGACGUCUUCGGCACUCCGGCUUGCCAUUCUCUGCAAAGCAUCCCAUCCUUUUGCCUUCGAAGCAUUGUCUGACCGAUCUGAUCGUCGACUACCACCACGUCACUCACAUGCACGCCGGACCUGCAUGCUUGAUUUCGGUGCUGAGCCAAAGGUUCUGGAUCCCUUCAGCGCGUCGUGUGGUUCGACACCGAAUACAUAUGUGUCACCGGUGUCACCGCCUGAAGGCUAGACCUUUGCAGCCGCUCAUGGGUGACUUACCUCCCAACCGUGUAGGCCAAAUUCGUCCCUUCCUGAAGGUCGGCAUUGAUUUCGCGGGGCCUUUCCUAGUAAAGGCCUCCACUUUGCGAAAUGCGAAGUCCCACAAGGCAUAUCUGUGUGUCUUCGUUUGCUUCGCCACUAAGGCGAUGCAUUUAGAGGUCACCACAGAUCUCACUACCGAAGCGUUCUUGGCAGCAUUCCAUCGAGUGACAUAG